AUGAAGCUUACUGUGAAACAAAUGCAUGGCCUGUUGAAGCACCCAGAUUCUCCAUACAUUAGAGCGGUUGGAUUUCUGUACUUGAGAUAUGCUGCAGAUCCAAAAACUUUGUGGGGUUGGUUUGAACCAUAUGUCAAGGAUGAUGAGGAGUUCUCACCUGGAUCCAACGGUAGAAUGACAACAAUGGGGGUAUACGUCCGGGACCUACUUCUUGGACAGUAUUACUUUGAUACACUGUUCCCUCGUAUCCCUGUCCCUGUAAUGCGGUCCAUCACAGCAAACCUCGAAAAACUAAAACUCCCCACCAAACAUUGCGGGGUCACCGGCGAGUCAACGCGUGGGUCCGAUGACAUGGCGCGCCGACCGCCAUCUGUCAAAGCUGCACUUUCGGUUUCCUUCGGUCAGCGGGCCCCACAUCGCGCGUCCACACGCGAUUCCUCCCCUGUCCGCCGCACCCUCCCACCUCUCCCUUCGUACGACGAUUCUUCCCGCCGAUCCCCUGCCCGGCAUCGUUCCCAAAGCCGCGAUUUGCCUGACCGAGAUUAUUCUGACCGAGAAAGAGAAAGAGAAAGAGGGAGAGAUAGGGAUAGGGAUAGGGAAAGGGAGAGGGAGAGGGAUAGAUAUAGGGAGAGGGAAAGGGACAGGAGGCAUGAGUAUGAUCGAAGGUCCAGGGAGACUAGCAGAAGGGAUUACCACAGGGAAUCGAGUUCCCGGAGGAGUAGAAGCAGGAGUAGGAGUAGGAGCAGAAGUGAGAGUGUGAGUGUGAGUAUUCAUCAUGCGGGGAAGGCUCCGGUGAGUCCAAAUGGUAGGGAAGAAGUGAAGGAUAGGACAUCUGCAUCUAGUAAUUUGGCAAAGCUUAAAGAUAUGUAUGGUGAUUUGAGUAGUGACAAGGCUGAUGUGGGGAAUGGUAGGGUUUCUGCUAGGGAUAGUGGUGCUGAAGAGGUUAUUCGUCUGGGUGGUUCUUCAUGGAGAGAUGGAGCAUUUGAGAUAGGAGACAGUAUCCAGAAACAAUGUGCGACAAUCCUCGAGAGCACGGAUCUCGAGAACAAUGAGAUGAGGGAGAUUUUGACGAAUGUUGGUGACAUUGAAGUCGGUGGAACGUAUGUCAGAGAUAGUCUUGUUGGAGAUAAUGAAGAGCUUGGUGAGCAUAUGUGGUUUUUAGAGUAUGAUGAAGCAGGAAGUGGUAGAGUUGAAGAUAACGAAGGUGAUGAAGGCGUCAAGGAUUGA